GUCAGAAGCUGCGUGGCUCCUUAACGCUCUUGUUGUUGUUGUGAACAAGACAUGGCAGAACAAAGGACUCCCUGCUGUUGUUCUCGUGUGCUGACUCAGCUGUGCUCACACCCUCCAUUGAAAUGAACCCUAUUAGCGGGCACAGCAGGCUGCACGAGUGCUGGCACGCCACUGGCAGCACAGGCAAAGGUGUGUGGAGUCCACCUCCUUUUCCAGACAGGGACUGCUGCUGAUAAGCUUGCGUUGUCUUGAAGGUUCAGUGUGGAUGUCGGCGUGGCGUAUUUGUUGAAGAGGGGGGUUGCUGUGGAUACGCGGGAUAAGGAGGCUGCACAGGAGCGAGCGCGGCGGCUUCUGCUGCAGAGAGAGCGCCGCGCUGCUACAGAGCAGAUGAGUUUGAAGCGGGCUCAGCAGACAGCAGAUUGACGCCGCUCCCGUCAUAAAGACAAGCUCUCGCUGCAAACGCACGCCGCCUGGAUCCUGUGUGGGAAGCUGGCAGAAGUGUCAAGGAUCAGCCGCGAGCUUCCCAGGUCAAGUGACCUCCUGGGAGGCUGUCUGAAGUGGUUUGGAGGGGUCUGCUGGACCCUGGAGUCUUUUCUCUCCCUUGACUGCACCGCCAAGCAACGCCUGGAUGAGAAAAAGCGAUGCGGGCAACAGUAAGUAGCUCGAGCCAGCAGCUGGCUUUCUGUGCUUUAUCAGUGUGCAGUCAAUGUCACCGUACAUUUCAGACGACAACAUUCAAAUGGGCGAAGAGGCCACAGCGGCCGCGGCUGUGUGACGAGCCUCCGCUUUGACUCAAUUAGACCUACUUUAAGCGAGCCAGUCCACCUCCCCUGCCUCUCUCCCACACCCUCCCAUCAUGUACCCUCCCUCCUCCCCCUCCUCGCUGACGCUGCUUGCGUUGCGUGGGUGUGUAUGAACCUCUACAAGACAGAGUGUGUGUGUGUGUGUGUGUGUGUGUGUGUGUGUGUGUGGCAGUUAAAGGGCUCUUUGCCAUCGUUGCCGAGCACAUGAAUGGGAGCAGUGUCGGCGAUGGAGGUGCUAAUGAUUUUGGAGCGGGAGGAGACACUUAUCCACAGUCCAGUGCAAGGGGACUGUCUUCACUAUGACAACGUCUACCACAAGAGCGAGGUAAUCCUGGUACAGGUAAACCCAGGUGAGGCCUUCACUAUUCGACGAGAGGAUGGUCAGUUUCAGUGUAUCACAGGUCCUGCUCAGGUUCCCAUGAUGUCUCCAAAUGGUUCAGUGCCUCCAAUCUACGUGCCUCCUGGAUACAUUUCACAGAUCAUAGAAGAGAACGGCGUGCGGCGGGUUCUGGUUCUACCGCAGCAACCGGAGUUCCACCCAGGCGGACACUCUCCUCUCCACCAUCCUCCACCACCGCCCCACGCCCACCUGCCUGCCUUCAUCCCCCACCCGGCCAUGAUGCCCCCGCCUCCGCACCUGUACACGGGCAUGGCGGGCAGCGGCGACAUGAGCUCACAGUACAUCUCCCAGUAUCACCCCGCCCACAUCUACUCAGAGCAGGUCUCUGCAGAUUCCCACUCCCAACACGGACGCCCGGCGUUUGUCCACAGGGACGACAGAACCACCAAAACCUACGAGCGUCUGCAGAAGAAGCUGAAGGAACGGCAAGGAGGAGGAGGAGGGCAGGUGAAGGACAGCCCUCCCCCCUCGCCGCUAAAGACCCGUGGCAGCCCCUUGCCGCAGGACGUCCGCAACGGCGUGGGAGCAAAAGGGCCUGAGGCGGAGCAGGGUCAACCCAGCCACACAGCAGACAGGCAGACGGGCCGGGGUCGAAACGGAGAGGCUGGAGAGCUGGAUGCAGCAGCCCAGGCCCUGCAGGCGCUGCUGAGCACCAUCAGUAAACCAGCGGUGUCGGACAUCCAGGCCAGAGGAGCAGCAGUGAGCUGGAGUGCGCCCACCAGGCCGGAGAGUGAAAACAGCACGGCGGACGAAGGCAGCCCCCCGGGUCCCCUCAGCUACGAGGUGUCUGUGUCAUUUAGCAGCAAGGAUGGCAAAUACAAGAGCAUGUACUGUGGUGAGGAACUAAGUGCAACUUUGGAAAACCUUCGACCAGCAACAGACUAUCAUGUCAGGGUCCAGGCCAUGUGUAACUGUUUACAGGGAAGCCCGUCAGAGGCCGUCAGCUUCACCACAUUAAGCUGUGAGCCGGAACCUCCCAAUCCUCCCAGGAAGGCCAGCGGGACCAAGAACACACUGGUGCUGCAGUGGAAGGCCCCCUGUGACAACGGUUCCAAGGUCCAGAACUACAUUCUUCAAUGGGAUGAGGGCAAGGCCUCAGGCGUAUUUGAACAGUGCUACUACGGACCUCAGAAGCAGUACAGACUGACCAAGCUUUCACCAGCCUCAAGAUACUGCUUCCGCAUUGCAGCCAAAAAUGACCUGGGUGUCAGUGAGUUCAGUGAAGUGGUGGACCUGUUCACCUCAUGCAGCGUGCCACAGCCGCCCUUCCCUCCGGAGCUGGAGAUGGCAGGGGUGACCUGGCUGUGUCUGAAGUGGCAGAGGCCCAGCGGCUCGCCCAAGGAGGAUGACGUCUACUACAUAUUGGAGAUGGAGGAGGAAGGCUCGGGUUACGGCUUCCAGCCAAGCUACGACGGCGAAGAGCUCUCCUGCACGGUCAGGAACCUCCACAGGAGCACCAAGUACAAGUUCCGGGUGGCGGCUUACAACUCAGAGGGUAAGAGUAACCCCAGCCCGGUGGUGGAGUUCAUCACCAACCCAGACAGACCCAGCUAUCCCUCCAGGCCCGUGGUUAAGGGAAAAGUGCUGCCAACCAGCUUCAGGCUGGGCUGGGAGCCCCCAAAAGAGAGCGGAGGAGCACAAGUGACCAAGUAUGUUGUUGAGCUGUCUGAGGGUUUAAGUGGGUUGUCGUGGGAGCUGGUGUAUUCGGGCCCAUCUAUGGAGUAUACGUGUGACGGCCUGAAGCCCGGCUACUGCUACCAGACCAGAGUGUACUGCAUGAGUGAGGGGGGGCAGAGCCCGGUGUCGGAGACCCUGCAAGUCCAGACUCCACCGGUUCCCCCUGGGCCGUGCCAACCCCCCCGAUUGGUGGGCAAGCCCAAAGCUCGGGAAGUGCAGCUGCGCUGGGGCCCGCCUCAGGUGGACGGCGGCAGCCCGGUUUCAUGCUACAGUGUGGAACUGAGUGGGCCGCUGCCAGAGGAGAGCCGGGAGGUUUACCAGGGUCCAGAGCUAGACUGCUUCGUAGGAGGCUUGAUGCCCGGGAGGACCUACGGAUUCCGGCUCAAGGCGGGAAAUAAAGCGGGGUUUGGGCCUUUCUCGGAGCGCUAUGAGGUUACCACCGGACCCGGGGCCCCGGAACAGUGCAAGGUCCCUUCCACCACGUGCAGAUCACCCAGCUGUGUUGUGGUCAGCUGGGAGGCCCCGCCCUGCAAUGGAGCGCCAGUGAGCGAGUUCCGUCUGGAGUGGGGUGCCGCUGAGGGCAGCAUGCAGGUGGGCUACAGCGGGCCCGCCCUAAGCUACGAAAUGAAAGGUCUACUCCCUGCAACCAACUACUUCUGCAGGGUACAGGCCGUGAAUGUGGCGGGUGUGGGGCCCUUCAGCGAGGCACUCUUGUGCCAGACACCCUGCUCUGUGCCUGCAGCCGUCAGCAGCAUCUCCGCUAUGAGGGAGUCCGAGCUGAUGGAGCGCCAAACGCCAGAUGACGCAGAGGAUGACGACAAGGAAGAUGAAGAGGGUGAUUGUGCCAGGCCGGAGCCUCUGUACUCGCCAUCCACCUGCGUGGGGAUUUGCUGGGACCCCCCCUGCGACCACGGUUCCGAAAUCACGUCCUAUCUGAUCGACCUCGGAGAACGCCAGCCCAUCCUGGUCGGCCGCGUCAGCCAACACAUCAUCCAGCACCUGCAGCCUGACACCAGCUACAGGAUCCGAAUCCAGGCCCUGAACAGCUUAGGAGCGGGCCCCUUUAGUCACACCUUUAAGCUGAAGACCAAGCCUCUGCCCCCCCAGCCGCCGCGCCUGGAGUGCACCGCCUUCAGCCACCAGACCCUCAGGCUCAAAUGGGGCGACGGCCCAGCCAAAGCCGCCACCUCCGACGCCCUCCAGUAUCAGCUGCAGAUGGAGGACAAGAGUGGCAGAUUUUUAUCCUUGUACAAAGGAACCUGCCACACCCACAAAGUCCAGAGGCUUAUUGAGUCUACCUCUUACGCGUUCCGCAUCCAGGCCUUUAAUGAGGCGGGCGAAGGACCCUUCUCCUCUGUUUACACCUUCACCACCCCUCGCUCUCCUCCUGCCCCUCUCAAAGCUCCAAAGGUGGAACGUUUGGAUGACAACUCCUGCGAGGUCACCUGGGAGACGCUGGCGCCCAUGAAGGGAGACCCCAUCAUCUACGCCUUGCAGUCCAUGAUGGGCAACUCUGAGUUCAAGCAGGCCUACAAAGGCUCCGCCGCGUCCUUCACGGUGCCGCACCUGCACGCCAACAGCGACUACCGCUUCCGGGUGUGCGCCAUCCGCCAGUGCCAGGACGCCCCCGAGCUGAGCGGGCCCUACAGCCCCACGGUGACCCUCCCCCUGCAGCGACCCGACGCGGCCCCGGGCGGCUCGGCGACGGCCUCAUCUUCCUCCUCCCGGGCCGAGACAAGCCGGGCCGGACGGAGCCUGACGGACGAGCAGUGCGCCUUCCUCCUCCUCAUGGUCUUCUCCGUCAUCGCCAUCCUCAUCGCAUUCAUCAUUCAGUACUUUGUCAUCAAGUGAGCCCCCCCCUGCCCCCACCCUUCCCUUCCCCACCCCCCGCUGCACGGUUCUUAAAGCUUUAUUCUUUUUCCUGCUCUUUGUUUUCCCGUCGGCACAGGUCUCGGGGGCGGGGCUUAGGAAGAGGGAGGGCUGAUUAAGUGAUUUGGCGCCUGGGACAGCUUCCUACCCAGGAGGGUGGGGUGGGUGGGGGAUCCGGGUCACAUGGUCACACAGUAUAUAUGUGCAUAGAAGAAAUAUUGAUGUUUGUUAUUCACCACAAAAAAAAAAAAAACGUGACAGGAUGUUGACGUGCGGUCGGCUCAUCCCGGGACCCCCAGUCCCAGUGAAGGAUGGGAUUGGGGGGGGGGCGGGGACACAAAACAAAAUGGGACCACAUGAAGGGACUUUUAAGAAAAAUAAAUAAAUAAGUAACCCUGCUGGAUUUUUAAGGCGGUGAAAAAAAAAAAGAAAACGCUGGCUCGGCACUUUCCAAACCUUUUUCAUGUUGGGAACGUUUGGAUGCAAAAACUGGAGAAAUGUUGCUCUAUUUUUCUACGGCAUCAAACAGGAGGAGGACAAAAAGCAUGAAGAAAGCAAACCAACAGUCAACUGCUCUCCUUUCUGUUGUUUCUGCCUUGGUACAAACGACCUUUGACCUCCUCCUUCCUCUCAUUUGCACCUUCGUGUACGCAAACGCUGACUGAUGCGUGUGGCCAUGCCUUUUAUGGAACGCACUGCACAGACCUUCCUUUCUUCCUUCCUUCCCUCCUUCCUUCCUACUCUCCUCCCUUCUUUGUUUGGGUUUUUUUGCCCGUUUUAAAAGUCGCGCGCCGCUGAAACAACGGAGCAAAAGAGGAAAAAGAGGCAAAUUAGUAUGGCUUGUUUCAGAGGCCUUGAGUGGAGAGAAGAACCACAUUCUUAAUUUCAUGUUUUUUUUUUAGUGUUACAACACUAGAAGGUGUUUUAUUUCCUGUUCUUUUUUUGCUACCUUUAUUUCUUCAUGUGGCUAAAUCAUCAGAAAGUAGCUGCGUUAGUUUGAUUUGAUUUGGCUUGGUUGGUCAGGGUUACGUGUGAAGUAUAUAUAAUAUAUUUUUUCUAUCGGGUGUAGUAGUAGAUGUUGAAAGAAUACACCGUGAUCACCGUCAGUCCUCAAGCAGACACGUUUAUUGUGCGAUGUCACGUACUUCCUGUCAAACCCAAAUUGUCCAUGUGAUAAUUAUCCACUACAGGAUGGGAUGGGGGGCAUUUGUUGCUCUCAAAAAGAAAAAGACCUCUAGGUAUCUUGCAAAACGUGAUUUGCUCUUUUGGAAGGAUUCCUAUUUUUGAUAGCGAUUGUGCCGUCGCAACAUCUUGAUGACCCGCUUGGCUGCUGGAGGAGAUUCACCAAAAGAAGACAUAUGAGUCAAAUAUGCACAAAAAUGGAGGAAAACCAUUUUAAUGUCAUUUUAAUCUUUGCAGUUACCUCAUACACCUUUACAUUCCAAAAUGACAAUUUGUUAUACUAGACAUACCUAGCAGACAUAUCACUUUCCAAUCUUCCUUCUGGAGAAAUGUAUGGUCAUAGAAAUGUAUUUAAAAGUCUAUAUGUAUAGCCAUCAUAUCUACAACAAAUCCAUGCACAAUAAAAGAUUUAUUAUUCUUAA